UUGCAAACUCUAACAGCUGAUCUUUCCAAGUUGCUCUGUAAAGUUCUUAUCUGACCAGAACACUUUCUUCCACAUGUUUUCUGCAUAGUGUGGAGUGAAAUGAAAACAAGAGUUCAUGUAGCUUUUGCUGUGAAACUCUUCUACAAAGGUCUGAUUUGUGGAGUGUGGGACUAAUCAUGAGUCUCUGGAGAGCUUCCAAAAUUGCCAGUGACCUCCUAGGUCAGUUUAUAUGGACUUUCAUGUCUUUGUGGGCUUAGAACAUUUUCACUUCAUUGACUGAACAAUUAAUAUGUAAUAUAACAGUGUCUGAUAUGUUCUUUGGUCUUCAUGAUGAUGUUUGAUCUCUAGUGUUCCUGAGCAAACCCUAGAGGUCUUCACAGAACAUCAAGCUUUAUAUUGACAUUAAAUUACACACGUUACUUCUAAAAAUGGAUUUCAUUAAGGGAUAUUAAAGUACGCCACACAGAUUUGUAUUUGUAAAAAGUUUUAAAGUGCUGCUCAUUUUUUCUUUCACUUCACAGUAACGCACUGGUUUGUGUUGUAACCCUGACAAAAUUCUUCUGUACGUUACUUAACAAAAUGUGAAAAAGUUAAAUAGGUGUUGACACUUUUAUGAGCUAGGGUAAAUCUGUCAUGUUUUGAUAACAAAACUGACUUUUGAAAUUAUACAGAGUGGAUCUGUAGUGUUUUUGAGAAAAUGGAGGAGUUAGGACCCAGGGACGGCUGGUAGGAGGACAGUGGCGUGUGUGUCUGAUGGCAGAAGAGGAAAAAACUUCAGCAUGCACCAUUACACAAAACAAUGUGUGACAGUCACUGCCAUACACAGCGCAGGACAGGACAGAGGGUUAUCAGAGGAGGGGUGAGGAAAGAGGAGAAUAAUUUCCCACCAAAGCCAUCAUGGAAUUGUAUUUUUUAUAUUUUUCUUUGUGAUAUAAAUUGUAAUGCAGUUCUAGUACCAGUCUUCGGAAAAGCCAGACUUUUGAAAGUUUAAAUUUUUUUUAAUCUGAGAUGGAUAUAUGAUGUAUAUACUUUGAUUUAAAAAUUAGAUAAAGCAUCAAUUUUGUUUACUUUUGCAAAAAGCCUUGAACUCAAAGCAACUGGUUUAAACAACAAACUGAGAGUGAACCAGAGAUAUUGCACCCAUGAGAAUAUCAGAGCUGAAAAUGGAGGAGGAAAUCAAUAAAUGAUGGCGGACAUGACGGGGUCCAUGAUCACCUCUGUUACCGAUCCUUCUGUUGCAAACUCCACCAAUCUCACUGUCCCCGCCGAUGUCGGCGUUGUCACAAGCUCCCAGUCACAGAUCAAAGAUCUUUUCGGGUUGUUCUGCAUGGUGACGCUUAACCUCAUCGCCCUGCUGGCCAACACCGGUGUGAUGGUGGCCAUAGCUCGCGCUCCUCACCUGAAAAAGUUUGCGUUCGUGUGUCACCUGUGUGCAGUAGAUCUUCUGUGCGCCAUCCUCCUGAUGCCUUUGGGAAUCAUUUCCAGCUCUCCGUUCUUCGGCACGGUGGUGUUCACUGUUCUGGAGUGCCAGGUUUACAUCUUCCUCAAUGUUUUCCUCAUUUGUCUUUCCAUCCUCACCAUCACUGCCAUCAGCUUGGAGCGUUACUUCUACAUUGUGCACCCGAUGCGUUACGAAGUCAAGAUGACCAUCAACCUUGCUAUUGGUGUGAUGGUGCUAAUCUGGGUUAAAUCGCUCGUCUUAGCUUUGGUCACUCUGUUUGGAUGGCCGGCUUAUGGACCUCAGAGCUCCAUCGCAGCAGCUCACUGCUCUCUUCAUGCUACCCAUAGCCGCCUGAGAAGAGUAUUUGGAGUGCUCUUCAGUGUGAUUUGUUUCUUAGCUCCUGUAAUGGUCAUCUUUAGUGUUUACUGUGCUGUGUAUAAGGUUGCUCGCUCAGCAGCUCUGCAGCAAGUCCCAGCUGCGCCAACAUGGGUGAAUGCAUGCCCUGUUAAGGACCGCUCUGACUCCAUCAACAGCCAGACAACCAUGAUUGCCACCACCCGCACUCUGCCUCAGAGACUGUCUCCAGAAAGAGCCUUCAGUGGAGGAAAAGCUGCAAUAACUUUGGUGUUCAUUGUGGGCCAGUUCUUGGUUUGCUGGUUGCCCUACUUCAUUUUCCAUGUUCAAAUGUCUCUAACCGGGUCCAUGCAGAGCCCGGGGGAUUUGGAGGAAGCCGUAACUUGGCUUGCUUACUCUUCUUUCGCAGUUAACCCAUUCUUCUAUGGCCUCUUAAACAGACAAAUCAGAGAUGAGUUGGUGAAAUUUCGACGUUGCUGCUUGAACCAGCCCUCAGAGGUUGGAGCGUCCAGCCAGGAGGCUUCAUUUCAGGAAAACUUCCUUCAGUUCAUUCAGAGAACCACCAGCACACCUGAAAGACGCUCCUGCUGCUCUAACUCCAGUCCCACAUUAAACCAGGAGAGAAGCCCUCAGGAUAGGAUUUUGGAUGAACCGGAGUGACGGGGUUCUGACUGUACCUGUAAGAUUUAACAAAGCCAUUCAUGGGGA